CACUUGUAAGCCAGAACCCUUCAAACACAUGACUGUAUAGAAACUUUAACAGGAGUGUAUAUAAGUGUCUCACUCCUCAAACACACGCUGGAUUUCUUCAUGUGUGGAUCACAAGUUCAGAUAUGAAGAUGUUUUGUCUUCAACUGUUUGUUUUUAUUUGUUUGUAUGCUGCAGUACAGCCGUCCAGUCAAACAGACGACAGCUCUUUUCUCAUCUACAAUGAGGAUCACAACAGAUGUGUGAAUGUCAUUAAUGCCAGUGUUAUACAGACGGCACCGUGUGAUGUAUCUUCUGACGCUCAGCGUUUCCGAUGGGUUUCUUCUUCAAGAAUUAUCAGCGUCUCUCUUAAACUCUGUUUGGGAGCUCAAAGCAUUAAAGACUCUGAGAAAGUGAUCCUUCUGCCCUGUAAAGAGCUCAGUCCUCUACAGACCUGGGAAUGCAAAAAUGAGACCUUGUUUGGCUUAAAGGGACAACCGUUACAUCUCUACUAUGAUAAUCAAGAUAAGACAAGUGUGAUGCUGUUUGAGGGACAUGGAUCUUGGAGUCGCUGGCAGAUUUAUGGGACUACAGACAAUCUGUGUUCUCAUGGAUAUCAAGAGAUUUAUACUCUGGAUGGGAAUUCAUUUGGAAAGCCAUGUCAGUUUCCCUUUAAGUUUAAUGACAAGUGGUACGCUGAGUGCACCAUGGACGGAAGAUCAGACGGCAAACUGUGGUGUUCAACUGAGACAGAUUAUGAUACGGACAAGAAAUGGGGCCUCUGUCCAGACAAACGCGUCUCAGGAUGGGACAGUGAUCCAGUAACUGGUGUAUUAUAUCAGAGAAACACACAAUCAGCACUGACCUGGCAUCAAGCUCGAGCCAGCUGCCAACAACAAGAUGCAGAUCUUCUCAGUAUAUCAGAACUACAUGAACAGUCUUAUAUAUCAGGCUUGACAGAUCUCUUGGGUUCAGCUUUAUGGAUCGGACUCAACAGUGUUGACUUUGAGAGUGGAUGGCAAUGGAGUAAUGGAAACCCAUUCAGAUACCUCAACUGGGCUCCAGGUCAUCCCUCUUUGGAGCCGGGCCUUAACUGUGCUGCAUUAAACGCUGGUAAAGCAUCCAAGUGGGAAAGUUUGGCCUGCAGUAAGAAGUUAGGUUACAUUUGCCGAAAGGGAAAUUCAACAGAUGUCACACCUUCAACAGGUAAAGAUCAGCCUAACUUCUGUCCUGUGUCUUGGGUGCCGUACGCCGGUCACUGUUAUUAUCUGCAGCGCACAAAUAAGACGUGGAAUGAUGCUUUGACUGCGUGUCACAGAGAAGGAUCAGAUCUGGCCAGCAUACACAACAUAGAAGAACACAGUUUCAUCAUAUCACAGACUGGAUACAUGUCGACUGAUGAGCUCUGGAUUGGUCUUAAUGACCAAAGGAUUCAGAAUCUGUUUGAGUGGUCAGAUAGAUCACACGUCACCUUUACUAAAUGGUUUGUUGGAGAACCUUCACACAUCACAAAUCUAAUGGAGGAUUGUGUUCUUAUCAGAGGACAGGAGGGGAAGUGGUCAGAUCAUCUUUGUGAGUCAGCUCAUGGUUACAUCUGUAAGAAGAAAGCUUCCACUAAACCUGAAGGAUCUCCAGAGGUCAUCAGUCCUGGAUGUCCAGCUGGUUGGUUUAGGUUUGGCUAUUACUGUUAUAGCAUUGCCAUGGAAACCAAAACUUUUGAUGAUGCCAAACUGAUGUGUGAGCAGACCGCAGCUAACCUGGUUGAUGUUGCCAGCAGAUAUGAGAAUGCGUUUCUCAUCAGUCUGGUUGGUCUUCGAUCUGAGAAAUAUUUCUGGAUUGGUUUGUCUAAUAUUCAUCAGAAUGAGCAAUUCCAGUGGAUCAAUGGUGAUAAAGUCAAGUUUACACACUUUAAUGUAGGCAUGCCAGAUAAGCACCGAGGUUGUGUAGCAAUGUUAACAGGAACUUCAGCAGGAUUAUGGGAUGUAUUGGCCUGUAACACUAAACAGAAAUACAUCUGUAAGAAAAUGGCAGAAGGAGUCACUACAACCCGAGAGCCUCUGAUCACACGACCUCCCAGCUGCCCGGCUAAUUGGGCUAAAAAAGAUCCAGGAAGUUGUAUUCAGUUCUACAGAAAGCAGAAGGAUGAGAAGAAGACUUGGUUUGAAGCGCGUGACUUCUGUCGAGCUGUUGGUGGUGAUUUAGCGAGCUUUCAUUCAGAACAUGAAAUGAAUGUGUUACGGUUUUACACAUCAGAACGAGUGUGGAUCGGCUUCACUUCAUUGGACAGUAAUUCUGGUUUUGUGUGGUCAGAUCAAACUCCUUCCGAUUAUCAGAACUGGGACUAUGGUGAACCAAACAACGUCAACAAUAAUGAGAACUGUGCUGAAUUUGGCACUAGUUAUAACCGCAGGUGGAAUGAUCGUGAUUGUGAUACUUAUUUAGACUGGAUCUGUCAGAUUCCAAUAGGCAUAACUCCAAAAUCCCCACCGACAUCAGUCAUUAAAGAAUAUAACAAGACAUCUGAUGGCUGGAUUCAGUACAAUGGCAGUCAGUAUUUCAUCAAUCUUGAUUUUUGCCCUAUGGAAGAAGCUCGUGAAUUCUGUAAGAAGAAUCAUGCUGAUCUUGUUGUCGUCACUGGUAAUACUGAGAGGAGAUUCAUAUGGAAGCAGAUAUCUAGAAGUGGAGGAUCACAAACUCAGUACUACAUCGGGAUGACUGUAGAGUUGGACAAAUCAUUUAGUUGGGUGGACGGUUCACCUGUUGUAUUCACUGCAUGGGAAAAAAAUGAACCAAAUUUCGCCAACAAUAAUGAGAACUGUGUGGCCGUUUUGAAAAGCACAGGAUUCUGGAAUGAUGUUAAUUGUGGUUUAUCGUUACCCUCAAUCUGUAAAAGAAGUGCUGAUUUUGUCAACACCACCGUGUCUCCAACCACUGUAUCAGCGGGCGGCUGCGCUCCUGAAUGGACUCUGUUCAGAGGAAAAUGUUACAAGUUUUUCAAUAAUAAGAUGUCAUGGCAUAAAGCACAAGAUCACUGCAUUUCUAAUAAAGGCAAACUGGUGUCUAUUUGGAGUCGCACAGAGCAAUUUUUUCUCACAACUUUAAUGCUAAGUGCUGUUAAUGACGUGUGGAUCGGUGCAAAUGACAUUGCCCCAGAUAAAAAAUUUGUGUGGACUGAAAAUCGAGCUGUCAGAUACACAAACUGGCUCAAAGGUCAACCUUCAUCAUGGGGCUAUAGAUGUGUUGUGAUGGUUAAACACCCAGAGAAGUCCACUGGUAUGUGGAAAAAUGCAGACUGUGAAAAUGAGAAAGGUUUCAUCUGCAAGAGGAACACAGACUCUCAGCUGUUUGCUCCCGUGACCACAGCAGUACCACAGAAAUACUUCAGUCUGGGCAAUGAUUCAUAUAAGGUCCAGCUGGAGAAGAUGAGCUGGGGUGAGGCGAGAAGACAGUGUAAAGCUGAUGAUGCUGAUCUUGCGAGUGUACUGGACUCCAUCAGUCAGGCGUACACCAGCCUACAAGUCGACAAACUCAAAGAACCUUUGUGGAUCGGACUCAACAGUAACCUGGCAGGUGGACGCUAUCGCUGGGUGGAUAACUGGUUUCUAAGAUACAGUAAAUGGGCAACAGGAGAACCCAAAAACAAUUUAGCUUGUGUUUAUAUUGACACGGAUGGAGACUGGAAAACUGCAUCGUGUAAAAAGACAUAUUAUUCCCUCUGUAAACGAUCAACAGUUUUUGCCCCUACAGAUCCUCCUCAGCUGCCGGGUAACUGCCCCGAAUCAGAUCAGAGGAAAAGUUGGAUCCCGUUUAGAGGACACUGCUAUACAUUCAUGACCUCCAAGAAAGACAACUGGGCUAAAGCCACAGUGGAAUGUAUGAGAAUGGGUGCAUCUUUAUUGAGUAUUGAGGAUCCAAUAGAAUCACAGUUUAUCCGACAAAACCUGGAGAUCCUGCAGGAUAAAGUCAAGUCAGUCUGGAUUGGACUUCACCGCAGUCAUAAGGGUGAUUGGAUGUGGAUUGAUAAUACGGUUGUGGAUUACACAAACUGGAAACCGCAGAUGCCGGAUAAUGUUAGAAUUUGUGUUGAAGUUCAAUCAGACACUGGGAUGUGGAGCACCAGCAGCUGUGAUGAUCAGAUAUCUUAUAUCUGCAAGACUGCUAAAGUUAUACCAACAACAGAGAAGCCAUCAGUCUCAGUUACACCAACAACACCAACAACAACAUUCUCAGAUGAUCAUCAAGUAGUUCAGAGGUAUCAUGGAUUGGUUGGAAUCGCUGUAGGCGUCGUGUUGGUCAUAAUCGGUGUCGCAGGUCUUGCUGGGUUUCUGUUCUUUAACAGAAAUCCCAGGACUGGGAUUGGACGGUUUGACAACAGAUUGUAUAAUAAACCCGAGUCUCUUGCAGUUUUUGAUAGUAAAGAAUCAGCUGCCAUCAUUGAAGAAUCAAUAUGAAUAAUAACACAUAAACACACACAGUCAUUAGUUUAAAUGUAAUUUAAUACGAUAAUUAUGCUCAGGGGCAUCAUGCAACAAAAUAUUUCACGGGGGAACACCUACCCUUCAUACUGUAAUCAAUAUUAUUAAUUUGAAUUAAACAUCAAAACCUACACAGACAAAAGAAGAAACAUUUACGGAUGAUUUUAUUGCUAUUUUACACAUUAAAUUCCUUAAAGUUUCGAUGAGAAACAAUACAUUUUUGACGGAAAACUUCAUGACAUACAACAACUUAAAAACAAAAAGCUAAACAUGUCACAUAUAUUUGGAAAGAUGAGAUUCUUGUGAUUAGAAUGAUCUAAACUCUUUUAUACAAUCAACACAGCACGUACAACUAGAGUACUGUUUGUGUGUUUUUUUUUUCAAUAAUGCAUAAAUGAGGUUUUUAAAAUCAUGAACAUAACUACCAAGAUUUGAGGUUUUUACUUUUUGUAAUGAAACAAUUAUAUUCCUCUUUUGAAUUAAUGUGCAUGUUUUUUUUUUUUUGUAACACUUGUGUAAGAUGCAAAUUAUUUUUUAUAACCUUUUACAACCUUUUUAGCCAAGUAUUAUACCCAAUUUUAUAUGAAAUCUUAUAAUCACUGAGUUAGGAAUAUAUGCAUGACAGCUCUUAAAUUGCAUGAUUAACAAAAAGAAGACAUAUAUAUCAUUUUAAAUUGCUUUAUUAAGAGUAGAGAGAUUGAUGCAUGUAUUAGAUAAGAGAUACAUUACGCUUUGAUGCAUGAUUUGCAGACCUGUGAAAGUUCAAAAGAGCUCGGAGAAGAAGAACAAAGAAACUCUGUCCAAACCAACUGCAGUUGCAUUGAAAUUAAUUGGAAUUCACAACCAAAAAACACGAUUUCAGAACAAUUAAUAAAACGGUGGUUAUCUCGUUUUGCAACGAAACUCUUCAUAUAUAACAUGAUAGAGUUUUUCUCAAUUGUUAAAACACUAAACCCUAUUGGCUGAACCAAAUGCUCAGUUGCCUGAACGCACUGAUUGAAUCAGCAAAACCAUAAGCACUUUUCACCUGUUUAGACACAACUUGCCAACACAUUUUCAUUGUGAUGCACAUGUGCUGCAAAAUGGUGAACACCGGUGACAAAAGUCAAACACAAUUAAAGCACAAGUGUCACUACUUGAACACAACAACUCAAAAUUGAUCACACUUGUGGCUUAUGAUGUGAGGGAACAUAUACAGUAAGCCAGUUCAGAGAGCACUGGUUUAUGAGGGCCUACAAUGGAUAGAAAUCUGAGAGGAAGAGUUUGUCUGAGAGGAGGUCGAGGUGGUCAGCGAAGACAAAGAACAGUAAUAUCUGAUGAAAUCAGAGCUACUGUGAUUGACCAUGUUCUGCAUAAGAUUUCUGUUUUGUCUUUUUGUACAAGUGCUAAAUGCACAGUUUGUUUUUGUUUUGCAACAUGCAUUUAGCCUACAGUAAAAAAUAAACAUUUAUUUCUCAAGCUUCAAGGGAUAGUUCACCCAAAAAUGAAAAU